AAACCUCUGCCGGCAGCUUAGUCACAGCCCCUCUCGCUUGGGUGUGUCCUUCGCUCGCUCCCUCCCUCCGUCUUAGGUCACUUUCAGCCCUCGAAUAAAAACUGCAGCCAACUUCCGAGGCAGCCUCAUUGCCCAGCGGACCCCAGCCUCUGCCAGGUUCGGUCCGCCCUCCUCACCGGCCCCUGCCCCGCGCCCCCGGGAUCCUCCAGCUCCUCUCGCCUGCGCCCUCGGUUCGCUCCGGACACCAUGGACAAGUUUUGGUGGCGCGCAGCCUGGGGACUCUGCCUCGUGCAGCUGAGCCUGGCGCAGAUCGAUUUGAAUAUAACCUGCCGCUUUGAAGGUGUAUACCACGUGGAGAAAAAUGGUCGCUACAGCAUCUCUCGGACGGAGGCAGCUGACCUCUGCAAGGCUUUCAAUAGCACCUUGCCCACAAUGGCCCAGAUGGAGAAAGCUCUGAGCAUCGGGUUUGAGACCUGCAGGUACGGGUUCAUAGAAGGGCACGUGGUGAUUCCCCGGAUCCACCCCAACUCCAUCUGUGCAGCAAACAACACAGGGGUGUACAUUCUCACGUCCAACACCUCCCAGUAUGACACAUAUUGCUUCAAUGCUUCAGCUCCACCUGGAGAAGAUUGUUCAUCAGUCACAGACCUGCCCAAUGCCUUUGAUGGACCAAUUACCAUAACUAUUGUUAACCGCGACGGCACCCGCUAUGUCAAGAAAGGAGAAUACAGAACGAAUCCUGAGGACAUCAACCCCAGCAGCCCUACUGACGACGACGUGAGCAGCGGAUCCUCCAGUGAAAGGAGCAGCACUUCAGGAGGUUACGUCUUUUAUAACCACUUUUCAACUUCACCACCCAUCCCAGAUGAGGACGGCACCCGGAUCACCGACAGCACAGACAGAACCCCUGCUACCAGUACGUCUUCAAAUACCAUCUCAGCAGGCUGGGAGCCAAAUGAAGAAAAUGAAGAUGAAAGAGACAGACACUUCAGUUUUUCUGGAUCAGGCAUUGAUGAUGAUGAAGAUUUUCUCGCCAGUACCAUUUCAACCACACCACGGGUUUUUGACCACACAAAACAGAACCAGGAUUGGACCCAGUGGAACCCAAGCCAUUCAAAUCCAGAAGUGCCACUUCAGACAACCACAAGGAUGACUGCAGAUGUAGACAGAAAUGGCACCACUGCUCAUGAAGGAAAAUGGAACCAGGAAGCACACACUCUCCUCAUUCACUAUGAGCAUCACGAGGAAGAAGAGAUCCUACAUUCAACAAGCACAAUCCAGGCAACUCCAAGUAGUACAAAUGAAGAAACAGCUACCCAGAAGGAACAGUGGUUUGGCAACAGAUGGCAUGAGGGAUAUCUCCAAACGCCCAGAGAAGACUCCCAUUCAACAACAGGGACAGCUGCCUCAGCCCACACCAGCCAUCCAAUGCAAGGAACGACAACACUGAGCCUAGAGGACAGUUCCUGGACUGAUUUCUUCGACCCAGUCUCACAUCCCAUGGGACGAGGUCAUCAAGCAGGAAGAAGGAUGGAUAUGGACUCCAGUCAUAGCACAACGCUUCAGCCUACUGCAGAUCCAAAUACAGGUUUGGUGGAAGACUUGGACAGGACAGGACCUCUUUCAAUGACAACGCAGCAGAGUAAUUCUCAGAGCUUCUCUACAUCACACGAAGGCUUGGAAGAAGAUAAAGACCAUCCAACAACUUCUACUCUGACAUCAAGCAAUAGAAAUGAUGUCAGAGGUGGAAGAAGAGGCCCAAGUCAUUUUGAACCCUCAACUACUUUACUGGAAGGUUACACCUCUCCUUACCCAGACCUGAAGGAAAGCAGAACCUUCAUCCCAGAGACUCCAGCUGAGACUGGGUCAUUUGGAGUUACUGACGUUACUGUUGGGGAUUCCAACUCUAAUGUCAAUCACUCUUUAUCAGGAGACCAAGGUGCAUUCGACCCCAGCGGGGGCUCCCAUACCACUCAUGGAUCUGAAUCAGAUGGACAUUCACAUGGGAGUCAAGAAGGUGGGGCAAACACAACCUCCGGUCCUUUAAGGACACCCCAAAUUCCAGAAUGGCUGAUCAUCUUGGCAUCCCUCUUGGCCUUGGCUUUGAUUCUUGCAGUUUGCAUUGCAGUCAACAGUCGAAGAAGGUGUGGGCAGAAGAAAAAGCUAGUGAUCAACAGUGGCAAUGGAGCUGUGGAGGACAGAAAGUCAAGUGGACUCAACGGAGAGGCCAGCAAGUCUCAGGAAAUGGUGCAUUUGGUGAACAAGGAGUCCUCAGAAACUCCAGACCAGUUUAUGACAGCUGAUGAGACGAGGAACCUGCAGAACGUGGACAUGAAGAUUGGGGUGUAACACCUAUGCCAUUAUCUUGGAAAGAAACAACCAUUGGAAACAUAACCAUUAUAAGGAGCUGGGACACUUAACAGAUGCAAUGUGCUACUGAUUGUUUCAUUGGGAAUUUUUUUUUUUUUUUUUUUUUUUUUUAGCAUAAAAUUUUCUACUCCUUAUUGUUUUUUUGUGUUUUGUUCUUUAAAGUCAGGUCCGAUUUUUGAAAACAGCAUUGCUUUCUGAAAUUAGGGUCCAAUUAAUAAUUAGCAAGAAUUUGACCGUUCCAGUUCCCUCAUGGAGGCCUUUCAUUUCUUGGGUGUGCUAUGGAUGGCUUCUAACACAAGCCACACAUACAUAGUCCUGAUCCCCAACAUUUCCCCCAUCAGCUAAGGACGUUCCCCAGGGCUAAGAGGGCCUGGUACCUGGAAGGAAAUUUGAAUGGGUCCAUUUUGCCCUUCUAGUAGCCCAAUUCCUGGGCAUUGCUUCACAGUGAGGUAGCGGGGUGGGAUGUACUGGUUACACAUCUGCUUAAACAGACACCCCUGGAAAUUUUUCAGAUGCUUUUGGGAGACACCCAAAGGGUGAAGCUAUUUAUCUGUAGUAAACUAUUUAUCAGUGUUUUUGAAAUAUUAAACCCUGGAGGUCCUUUGAUCAAUCCAAUUUUUUAAAGUUACUUUGUCAGAGGCACAAAAGGGUUAAAACUGAUUCAUAAUAAACUUCUGUACUUCUUCCAUCUUAACCUUUUGUGCUGUGAUCCUUCAGUUUCUAACCAGCACUGUCUGGGUCUCUACAACUUAUUAGGAAGAGCUGAGAAUGGUCAAGAAGACUCUUUUAAAGUCUUUAUCUUAGAGACCCAGAGUUCUCAUUCAGACCUACUCAGCCAAAUCUCAUGGAAGAUCAAGGAAGGCAGCGAUGUUUUGUUUCUGACACUGUUCAAAGGUUUUCUUUCCUGUCUUGGGAUCAGAAUUGUAUAAGCUGAGGAGCUUCAGCCUCUUUUAUGGUUUAAUGGCCAUCUGUUCUCUCCUGCAAAGUCACAUUAAGUUUGCAUGUCCUGGGGCCCUAUUUCAUAGAUGCUGGCCCUAUUAGUGAUUUCCAAAAACAAUAUGGAAGUGCCUUUCGAUGUCAUAUGAUAAGAUGAGGAGCCAAGGGAAAUGAAAGAGAUUGGCAAGGGGAGAAGAGGAUGCAGUGUAGAUCCUGUCUGACAUUUUUGGGGCUGCAUUUGUAAAUACACUCACACAUGAGUGUUCUUGAUGCAGUUGCUAUUUAGGGGGAGUUAAGCGCCUGGGGAGUCCCUCGAAAGGUUACAGGAAUUCCCAUCAUUGGAAUCUUAUCACCAGAUAGGCAAGUUUAUGACCAAACAAGAGAGUACUGGCUUUAUCCUCUAACCCCAUAUUUGCUCCCACUUUGCAAGUCCAUUGUGGCAUUUAUUCAUCCGCCAGGGUCCUAGAACUUCCUAAGUUCCUAAGUUCUGAUUGGUCCUGGAACUUCCAAAGCCUGCUUGUAAUAGAAGCCAUUGCAUCUAUAAAGCAAGGGUCCUAUUAAACAGUAUCUCCUUUCUUAGGCCCCCACAAAAAGUCGUUUGUUACCUAAACUUAUAUGUUUAACAGGCAAUGCUUCUCAAACCACAAAGCAGAAAGAAAAGCUCCCAACUAAAUCAGGGCUGGGCUUAGACAGAGUUGAUCAGAAGAAUAUCUUUAAAGGAGAGAUACCAACUUCCUGCACUAUUCCCAGCCUCUGCUCCCAGCCUCUGCUCUUCCUCCUCUGUCUACCCUCUUCCCUCUCUCCCUUCGUUUCGCCCCAUAAUCUUGAAAAACUUCCUUUCUCUUCUGUGAACAUCACUGGCCAGUUUCAUAUUCAGUGGUCUGGCUUUCUUCUUAUUUUCUUUUCAGCUUGAAAGAAACUGGACAUUAAGCCACUAUGUGUUGUUACUGCCACUAGUGUUCAAGUGCCCUUUGUUUUCCCAGAGAUUUCCUGGGUCUGCCAGAGGCCCAGACAGGUUCACUCAAGCUCUUUAACUGAAAUGCAGCAGGCUACUCUGGGACAAGGUUCAGAAGGCUUACACCAGCCUCUACCUGUCCCCCAGGGAGACAGGAAUAGUGACACAAGUGUCAUAGCCAGAGAUGGUUUCCACCCCUUCUAGACAUUCCCAACAAAUAGGCUGAGACAGGAAAUUAUUUUCAGUUUUAUUUUGGAAUUAAAUAUCUUUUUCCCUUUAUUACUGUUAUAGUCCCAUACUUGGAUAUACCUCUGUUUUCCAGAUAGAAAUAAGGGAGUUCUAGAGCUUCUAUUCCUUGGCCACUGUCAAUGGAGAACUUCCCAAGUCUUUGCAAACCCUUGCAACAUUUCCUGAAGUUUAUGGGAUAAGAUGUGUUCUCAUUCCCUUGACCUCAAGGGCAUAACUCUGGAAGCACAGCUUGACCACAUGUCAUUUUCACCAGUGAUUUUCCAGGUGAACUGGGCUAAAUCAUUAAACUGGGUCUUGUUUAUAACAGUUAGAAGCCAACAUUUAGUUAUUUUGCAAAGCAACUAAGAGCUUAAGAUGUAAUUUUUCCUAUAAUUGUAAAUCUUUUAUAUCUCCUGAGGGCUUCCCUUAAAAUUAGCUCUGAGUGAAAAAUCAAGUGAGACAAAAGACACGUUCAAGUCCAUAUUUCAAGCCUGGUAGAAUUGGCUUUUCUAGCAGAACCUUUCAAAAAGUUUUACAUUGAGAUUCAUAACAAGACCAAGAAUCGCUUUUGUAGCCAACGUUCAUUUAAUACUGUUACAUCAGAGGAAUAGGCAAGAGGAAACGUUUGACUUCUCUGGAAAAGCAAAAUGUACUUAAGAACAAGAAUAACAUGGUCCAUUCACCUUUAUGUCAUAGGUAUGCCUUUGUGUAAAUCAUUUGCUUUGAGUUUUCAAAGAAUAACUCAUUGUUCAUUCACGUACUGUACAAUGACCACUGUUAUUGCUACUUUGACUUUUCAGAGCACACCCUUCCUCUGGUUUUUGUAUAUUUAUUGAUGGAUCAAUAAUAAUGAGGAAAGCAUGAUAUGUAUAUUGCUGAGUUGAAAGCACUUUUUGGAAAAUAUUAAAAGGCUAACGUUAAAAGACUAAAGGAAA